UAUCAUGGUUAUCCAGGUCUUGAUGGAUUAAGGCCUUAAUUACACAGAUUAUACGAAUACCCUCUCGUCGCUGUCUCACUGUAUUAAGCACCUAAUCCAUCAAGACCACCCAAAACCCCCCCCCGACCCAUUAUCCAGGGCCCUCAUCAAAACCAGCCAGGAGCCCUCCAUCUAGACCAUCUAGGGCCUCCCUUAUCAAGAUCAACCCCAUCGCUCAUAGGCCACAUCCUAUCACCUCUGCCGAAGCUAUCCAUACCGUGGUCUUCUUUAACCUCGUCGACGACACGGAGAGCCAUAGACCUCGUACCUACGCGAACACUUCAACCACAAGCAUCACGAUGCCAUGGUUACGGGGGAGCCAUCAAUCUCCGCCUGCAUGGAUCGAUAUACCACCCAUAAGCAUCGUGAUACCAUGGUUGCGGGGGAGCCAUCAAUCCCGUGGAUACCACCUAUGAGCAUCCAUCACGAUACUAUGGCUACGGGGGAGCUACCUCCUCUCUACAGUCAUCCCUCGCCACCGAGGGAACAAUCCUCUCCCACGGCGACCAACCCCAUCACGGAGACCAUCCUCUCCUCCGGCACCACAGAGACCAUCCUCUCCUCCGGUACCACAGAGACCAUCCUCCCCUCCGGCGAUACGCUGAUCGAGCGGGAUCACUCCUCCCCUCCGGCGAUACGCUGA